CCCAGCUUACCCAGACCCUCCAUCUCUCUGAGCCCCACUGGGGUCACCGCCCCAGGGGCAGACGUCACCAUCCGGUGUCAGGGGCAGCGCUGGGAUGUGAGGUUCUUCCUGCACAAGGCUGGAGACCUGAACCCGCAGCGACAUAUGGACCCUGCUGGGGACGGGGCCGAGUUCCGCAUCCCCACCGUGGGCCGGCAGCAUGGAGGGAGCUACAGCUGCAGCUACCGGCCCCAAUCAGAGCCCUUCGUCUCCUCGCAGCCCAGCGACCCCGUGCAGCUGGUGGUAGCAGUAGACCCCCUGGAUUUCACCAACGCCAACAUCGCCCGCCUGGGGCUGGGUGCUGUGGUCCUGCUCGUCCUGGGGCUGAUCCUGGCUGAGGCCUAUUACAGCCGCCCAAGGGGGGCACCCUAGGAGCUUGGAUCCAGCCAUGCAGGGAAGAGAAUCUCCCCGGGGGACAAGUGGCUUCCCCGUGGGGUGCUGAGACACCGGCACAAACCCACCUGCCCCCAAACACCCCUGCCUCAGAGAAUCUCCCCCACAAACAGCUCCCAACCUGACAACAGUGUGACGGGUUCGUUCGCAGAGACCCCCCUUGGGACUGUUACCCGAUGUGCUCAGAUGACCUCUGAGCCCAUUUUCCCUGCCAGUUUGGGUGUCCAGAACCCUGCCUUGUUGAGCUAGCCUGCUGCAAACACAGACCCAGGGUCUG